CUCAUUAUUUGACUCAGGUGUGUGGAAGUAGAGAUACAUCUAAAAGUUGCAGGAGGCCGGCCCUCGAGGCCUGGAGUUGCCCACCCCUGGGCAAGCUGAAGCCUCUUCUUCAAGAUUUUACCCGUUACAACUCCUGGUUCCAUCAAUACGUCUCGAUGUUCAUGUCAGGAAAUGACAAGGCAGAUCCAGAUCAUCACACUACCCUCACCAUGUUUGAUUAUUAGUAUGUUUGUUUUGCUUUAUUUUUUUAUUCUGUGUAACAAGAUCUACAUCUUCCCAGAUGUUCUCUUCUGUCGUGUAAGUUGACAGAAUAUUUUUCCCAAAAACUUGGGGAUCAUCACAAUGUUUUUUUGGUAAUGUGAGACAGAUUUUUUUGAUCAUGGCCUUAAAACUUGAUCAUCGAUUCCACUGCUCGCCUAAAGCUUUCCUUUUGUUGAAUCAUGAAUGUUGACCUUAAACGAGAAAAAUGAGACCUGCAGAGUUUUAGAUGUUGUUCCAGGGUCUUGUGUGACCUCCUGGAUGAACCGUCAGAUCCGCUCUUGGAGACAACUGUGAAGGUGGGUCACUGUUCCACACUUUGUCCAUUUGUGGAGACUUUAUUGAAGUGUAAAAACUACAGAAAUUGCUAACCCUUAACAGAAUAAUAGAUGUCAACAGCAUUUCUAAUCUGUUCUUUAUUUUCUUCUUAGAUUGGUGCAUCUAAGAAGAGAUUUUUUUUUUUUUUUUUGUUGUUGCCUACUUUAUGUUGGCAGGUUUUAUGUAAAAGAUUUCUUGAUUCUACAAGUGUGGCUGGUGAAAUUAAACCCAGCUUUCCAAAAAACAAUAUUGCUUGCAGAUAUUUCUUCAUUUAGUUGAAUGAUGUAAUAACUGAACUGCAAACCAGCAGGUGGAAAUGGCUUUUCCCUCUGGACCUGGUUCAUUUGUCCUGUUUCUUUCUUGUGAACUAAAACGGCUUUUCUAUUUAUCAUAUCACCAUCGUCUCAUCUUAAAAUUUGAUUGAUGACGUGUCAAUAAACCUAAACACAUCUGUAUGAAUAGCUUAUGGUCAUAAUUUAUAUUGCUGUUUAUAUGUUGUACUCAUUCAUACUUUCUUUUAUUGAUUCCUGCAAAAGCAGUCACACGCUGUACUGUUUUUAGUGGAGUCCAGCUCAGAUCAAAGCCCUUCUGUCAUUGGUUGGCACAGAGAUAUAUAUUGAUAUGUCAGGAUGGGUUUUGCUUGUGCUUGUGCAGUUAAGAGGGGGCAUCACAGAGGGAACAUAAGUGUAAACACCCCUGCUCUCAACUCCUCAGCUGCUGCCUCGCUGGAUGAGGAAAUAUUUUAGACCAAUGCAAGGGGUCUCAAAUGUCUGACCAUCAAGAAAAAGAACUGAAGCACAGAAAGGCUAAACAAGUGAUGCAGCAUCGCCACCACCAAGUCCAUCACCACCAUCACUACCAUCACCGGUCCGAUGACAACACCAGUCAAGACACCCCGUCAACAGUGGACAGCGGCGAUCAUCCUCCACACAACCAAAAUCACGGGGAACAUGAGAAGAGUCAUUCUUCACACCCUCACCAUGGUCAUCAUAGGCAAAAGCAUCGUAAUUUUUCUGUUUCAGAAACCUCCUUUGACUCCUCAUCUUCAUCGUCUUCCUCAUCAACAUCCUCUUCCUCUUCAUCCUCUUCCUCAUCAUCACCUUCCUCCUUCUCCUCUUCUUCGUUUUCCUCCUCUUCAACAACAUCUUCUUCCACCUCUAGUCUUUCUACUGGAAACACCAGUGACUCUUCAGAUACAUACACUCACAGGAAGCCUCAGCAUUCCCAGUCUUUCACUGACAUUUCUACAAAACAUCGGUACUUUGAAGAAGAAGAAGAAGAAGAAGAUGAUGACACUGCCCCUUUAAUAAUUAAAAGAGGAAGUCAGCACAGGAUAUCUGUCAAGCAGAAAAAAGGCAUUGAGAAAUCUUCCCGCAACUGUCCUACUAGAGCAGGAUUCAAAAAUCAGCAAACAAGUACAAGAGGUUUAGGAAAUGAUGGAAGCUUCCGCAAGGCAAAAUCAAUGGAGGAUCUCAAAGCACCCAAAAAUAAAGGAGGAAAUGGAAGCAAUGAAGGAGAUGAGCUGGAGAGGAGCAAAAGUGAAGCUAAGAAGAAUUUAAUGAAAGAAAAAAUGCAGUUUUCUGCCUUCCUUAACGAGAUUACACGGCAAGUGCUCAGCCCAAUGAGACUUACCUCUCUUGGGGUCACAGAUGCUCAAAGACCCUGGAGCCCAGGACAGCUUCCCAUCAUCCCGGUGUCUGCUCUGACAGUCCAUCUGGUCAUCCAAAGCACAGACGUAGAAGCUGUCGCUCAAGAUCUCCAGCUCGUGAGCAUCAAUCUCGAUUGCCUUCUCGAAAGCACUACCACCGCCAUCGUUCCAAUCACCAUAACAAUGAAGAUUGCAACAGUCCAGGUCAUCACCAACAUGAAAGAUAUGGCCAUACUACUAGUCAUCACCAUCACCAUAGACACCACAAUGCACCACAUUGCCAUCAGUCUGGAGACAAAAAUCAUGAAGAUAAUUACAGUCACAGUUCAACCAGUGACAUUGGAGAUCCUCACAGUCCAACACGUCCACAUCACCAUAGUGAGCACAAGGAUAGGCCUCAUCCCUAUGAAACCCACCAGCACUACCAUGUGGACUCCCAUAAAGAAGCUAAUCGGCAUCAUCAUGGAGACCACCACAAUCCAGGCCAUCAUCACCAUGGAAGGCACCAAAGUCCUGGGCAUCGUCAUCAUCAUCAUGGGGACCACCAUGGUACAGGUCACCAUCAUCAUGGCAACCACAAUAGCCCAGGUCACCAUCAUCAUGGCGACCAUCAUCAUGGCGACCAUCGCCAUGACGACCACCACAAUCCAGGUCACCAUCACCAUGACGACCACCACAAUCCAGGUCACCAUCACCAUGACGACCACCACAAUCCAGGUCACCAUCACCAUGGCGACCACCACAGUGCAGGUCACCAUCAUCAUGGAAAUCUCCAUAGUGCAGGCCAUCAUCAUCAUGGAGGUCACCACAGUCCAGGCCAUCAUCAAGAUGCAGAACGCCACCACCAUGGAGAUGACCACAAUCCAGGCCACCAUCAUCAUGAAGAUCACCACAAUCCAGGCCACCAUCAUCAUGAAGAUCACCACAGUCCAGGCCACCAUCAUCAUGAAGAUCACCACAGUCCAGGCCACCAUCAUCAUGAAGAUCACCACAGUCCAGGCCACCAUCAUCAUGAAGAUCACCACAGUCCAGGCCACCAUCAUCAUGAAGAUCACCACAAUCCAGGCCAUCAUCAAGAUGCAGAACGCCAUCACCAUGGAGAUGACCACAAUCCAGGCCACCAUCAUCAUGAAGAUCACCACAAUCCAGGCCACCGUCAUCAUGAAGAUCACCACAAUCCAGGCCACCAUCAUCAUGAAGAUCACCACAGUCCAGGCCACCAUCAUCAUGAAGAUCACCACAGUCCAGGCCAUCAUCAAGAUGCAGAACGCCAUCACCAUGGAGAUGACCACAAUCCAGGCCACCAUCAUCAUGAAGAACACCACAGUCCAGGCCAUCAUCAAGAUGCAGAACGCCAUCACCAUGGAGAUGACCACAAUCCAGGCCACCAUCAUCAUGAAGAACACCACAGUCCAGGCCACCAUCAUCAUGAAGAUCACCACAGUCCUGGCCACCAUCAUGACACAGAGCACCACAGUCCAGCCCACCGUGACCAUGAUGUUGACCACUACAAUCUGGAUCACCAUCAUCAUGGUGACCACCACAGUCCAGGCCGUCAUCCUCAUGUUAACCAUCGUAAUCUGGGUCACCUUCAUCAUGGUGGCCAUCACAGUCCAAGCCAUCAUCAUCACCAAGAUUACCACAGUCCAAGCCAUCAUCAUCAUCAUCAAGACGACAGUCCAGGACAUCACCAUGACACAGGCCUCCACAAUUCAGACCACCAUCAUCAUGGAGCUCACCAUAGUCCAGACCAUCAUCAUCACCCUAAACACCCUCACAGUCCUGACCACAGCCACACUCCAGGUCAUCAUUCUCAUCAUAAAAUCCACCACAGUCCAGACCACCAUCAUAGAGACUACCCAAGUUCAGGCCAGCAUCAUGCAGACCACCAUGGUCCAGUCCACCAUGAACAUGAAGACCAUCACAGUCCAAGCCAUCAUCACAGGGUUCAUCACAGUGAAGGCCAGAAUCAUGGGGACCAGCAUAAUCUAG